CCCGCCCGUUUAAAUGCAUCAAUAAGUAACAGCUUAAAAGUAAAGACAUUAAUAAAAUGGGUUGCAAAGCUUGUGGAACAAACUGCCAGUGCUCGGCCACCAAAUGCGGUGAUAACUGCGCCUGCAGCCAGCAAUGCCAAUGUGCCUGCAAAAAUGGACCCAAGGACAAAUGUUGCGCCAAUAAGAAGCAAUAAAUGAAACAAGACGUUUAAAUCUCCAUAAUGUUAGUUCUUAAAUAUAAAUAAACGUGUUACCUGUCAAGCAAGUCAA